AUGACUAAUACAAAACGAACUCUUUAUGUUGGUGGUUUAGCUGAAGAAGUUGAUGAAAAAAUUUUACAUGCUGCUUUUAUUCCAUUUGGUGAUAUAUUUGAAAUUCAAUUACCAAUUGAUUAUGAAACUCAAAAACAUCGUGGUUUUGCAUUUGUUGAAUAUGAAACAGCUGAAGAUGCGGCAUCAGCUAUUGAUAAUAUGAAUGAUUCAGAAUUAUUUGGUAGAUCAAUACGUGUUAAUUUAGCUAAACCAGUACAUUUAAAAGAAACAAGUUCAAAAGCAGUUUGGUCAGAAGAUCAAUGGUUAUCAAAUGCAAUGAAUUCAGUUGAUAAUGAUAUAUCAUCAACAGAUAAUAAUAAUAAUAAUAAUAAUAAUACAAAAGAAGUUAAAAGUCAAAUAAAAGAUGAUGAUAUUGAUGAAAUUGAUCUUGAUACAGGUCGACCAUUAUCAAAAAGAAUAAAAGCAGUAACUAAUCCACGUGUUUAUAUUGAUAUUGAAAUAAAUGGUAGUCGAACUGGAAGAUUAAUAAUAACAUUAUUUUCUGAUAUUGUACCAUUAACAGCUGAAAAUUUUCGUUGUUUAUGUACACAUGAAAAAGGUUUUGGUUAUAGACAUACUUCUUUUCAUAGAAUAAUUAAAGAAUUUAUGGCACAAGGUGGAGAUAUGACGAAAGGUAAUGGUACUGGAGGAAAAUCUAUUUAUGGAAGAACAUUUAAAGAUGAAAAUUUUAAUAUUAAACAUACACAUGCUGGACAAUUAUCAAUGGCUAAUUCAGGUCCUAAUAGUAAUGGUUCACAAUUUUUUAUAACUUUUCUUAAAUGUGAUUGGUUAGAUAAUAAACAUGUAAGUUUUUAUUUCAUAUUAUUAUAUUCAUAUGAU